AUGUUGACGUCCUUUGAAAAACGUGGCCGUUUAUACCCACCAACUACUGCUGGCCUCGGUGGCGUUCCCAGCAACCAAAUCGACACCCCUAUUUGUGCCGUCUUCAUCGUCCUCUACAUCUGUUUUGCAGCGACAAACAUGACAAUAUUCCAAAAGAAUCGCCGACGCAACUACAAAUUCAUACUUUCCGGUGUCUUGUUCGGUUUCUGCAUGGCACGAGUCACAACCCUUGUCCUUCGCAUUGCCUGGGCGAAUCGACAGCACAAUGUUCGCCUAGCUGUCGCAGCAAACAUCUUAGUCAAUGCUGGUAUUUUACUCAUCUACAUCAUCAACGUCAUCCUCUCUCAACGCGUACUCCGCGCUAAACAACCAUUGAUCGGAUGGCACCCGAUUCUGCGGGUCGGCACAAAGAUUUCAUAUUCUCUUAUUCCGGGAGUAUUGGUCAUGGUUAUCACGUCAACAGUCGUGCAGCUAUACUCUGAAAGCCCCGACAUUCGCUCCUCCUGUCGCGAUGUUCAGCUCGCAGCCGUAACGUACCUCUUGUUUUUCACCUGCAUCCCAAUACUACAUGUCGCUGGUGCAAUAUCUUUGCCUCGGCGCAAUGAUGGAGAGACAUUCGGGGAGGGUAGUAUGAGGGCCAAAGUAUUGAUUGUAACGCUAUCAUCUUGUAUGUGCAUCACAAUCGCGGGAUUCAAAGCAGGCGCCUACUGGGCUCACCCGCGACUGCUUUCUAACCCAGCCUGGUACCAUUCCAAGUCAUGCUUCUACGUUUUCAACUUUAUGUUGGAGGUCAUUAUUUUAUGUCUCUUGACCUUCAGCCGCAUCGACAAGCGCUUCUAUAUUCCAAACGGGUCUACCAAGCAUGGUGAUUAUAGCUGCACAAAAUUGGAGACAUCUGAUACUAGUGUUUGA